AGGGCAGCAGGAGGAGCCUGCGAGCCCUUAAACGGCAGCGGCCGCCCCCUGCCUGCCUCGGGGAAGACGGAAAGGCGAAGUAAGAGCAGCAACACAAGCAGCAGCAGCACCAGAAGGAACAACAGCAGUGCUACCAGCAGCAAUAGUCCCGGCCGUGCCUGGCUCCUCGCUGGUUUAUAUGCACCUGGCCGGGUUGUUGAUCGCCCCGGAGGAGAGAGAGAAGAAGGGGCAGCGGCGUGAGCGAGGCUCGUCCCCCCCCGCCAUGUGCUCGGUAAGCGAGGGUAGCAGCACGGACCCGCUGGUGGCCCGCUUCAGGCAGGUGGAGGAAACUCUGGAGAAGCUGCACCGGGAGAACAGGAGCCUGAAGAGCAAAGUGCCCCGCUACAACGCGCUCUGCACCUUGUACCACGAGUCGGCCCAGCAGCUGAAGCACCUGCAGCUGCAGCUCGCCGCCAAGGAGGCGACGAUCCGGGAGCUGAGGAGCGGCCUGGCCCGCCAGCAGCCCGCCGAGCCGGGGGCCGAGCCCGCCCGCUCGCUGGUGGACAGCCUGCUGGAGCAGCUGGGCCAGGCCCGCCAGCAGCUGCGGGACAGCGAGCGGCUCUCGGCGCAGAAAAUGGAGACGCUGAGCCAGGAAGUGCAGAAGUUGAAUCAGCAACUAGAGGAGAAAAAUGGAGAGAUCCAGCAGAUGAUAAAUCAGCCUCCAUAUGAAAAGGAGAGAGAAAUCUUACGACUUCAGAAGAGCUUGGCAGAGCGGGAGAAGGCUCAAGCCACCAGUGAUGUUUUGUGCCGUUCACUCACUGAUGAAACUCACCAACUUCAACGCAAAUUAGCGUCCACAGCAGAAAUGUGUCAACAUCUGGCAAAAUGUCUAGAAGAGAAGCAAAGAAAAGAGAAGGGGAAUUCAGAUGACCAGAUUCCUACUGAAAGUUCUAAUCAGGUGUUAGACAAUGAAACCUCACUUCAAACCCUUAUCUGCAAGCUACAAGAUGAAAACAAAAUGUUAAAACAAAAAGUAGCUCACGUGGAAGACUUAAAUGCAAAAUGGCAGAAAUACGAUGCUAGUAGGGAUGAGUAUGUGAAGCGACUGCACCUGCAGCUAAAAGAGCUGAGGUCCCAGCUGGAGCAGCAGCAUGGUGUAGCUUCUGCACAAACCAAUUCCGAGCUGAUGCAGAAGGAGAUACUGCGGUUAAACAAGCUACUGGAAGAAAAAAUGAAUGAGUGCAUCAAAACAAGGAGGGAAUUAGAAGAUGUGAAGAAGGCUAGUGAAGGAGACACUGAGCGCAUACAAAUGCUGGAGCAACAGGUCCUGGUUUACAAAGAUGAUUUUACAUCUGAGAGAUCAGACAGGGAACGAGCACAGAGUAAAAUACAAGAGCUUCAGCUAGAAGUCGCAUGUCUGCAACACCAGCUGGCAAGACGACAGGACUCAAGAGAUACAAGUAGUCAUUUCCGAGUUCACGUUGGUAACCAAAAUCAUACGCAUGUACAGACGAGCACUGAACACCUACGAGGCCACAGCCCAGGCCAGACAGGCACGAGAAGAACACCUUCGCAGUCUGAACAGACUUCUCCACCUGGAGACAAUGGAAACUCAGGAUCAGAGGGCAGGGGACAGGGUGAACUUCGAUGCCCUCACUGUAUGAGGUUUUUCAACGAUGAACUCAGUGAUGAAUUUCUCAAGCACGUUACUGAAUGUUGUCAGUGACAACGUGAUGUGAGGCACAUAAGAAAAUCACUACUCUAUAGACUGUAAAACUUGGACAAAUGGACACCUCGUAGUAAUUAGGAAGAUGAACAGUAUCUACCUCUUACUUGAUUUCACCUUCUCUUGGACUAUACAAAAGACUUCAAGGUAAAGCAAAGUGUUUUCAUGAAGAAUUAUUUUUGACAACUACAAGGCAGGCAAGCAUAAUGCAAAUCCUACUACAAAUUAAAGAAAACGAAGCUUACAGGAGUAGCUAGCUUCAGAGUGCAGCUUGACUCUUAUUGGGGAGUAAUUCUCCACAGCAGUCUGAAGGCCUAGGAAAGGAAGUCACUGAACUUGAAAUCUUCCUUCUCUUCCAAAAACACAGUCUGAAGAAUGGGGGAGGAACAGCUUGACAGAAGACAAAAAAAUCUCUUGUGCUUUAUCUGGAUUAAGAGAAUAUUUUCUUGGCUAUUGAAAUUGAACUUUCAGACAUAUUUGAAAAUCCCUGUGUUCAACUGAAAUCAGGAGAAGUGAAAAAACCAUACAAGGGCUGGUUGCUAAAACUAGCCUGUCUUUUUGCACAGACCAUGUACAGGGAUAUUUAUUUUUUUUUCUGUGCCAUAAAUAUUUCACACAUUUGUAAAUGGGUAUUUGUGUAAUUAUUGAUUGAAUUCUAAUUCUACCAAAGUAUUAUUUUUAUAAUAAAAGUGAUUGUGAAGUUGCUUUACUAUAUUAGUAAUGUAGUCAAAAAUGUCUCUUUCAGUGUAUCAUAGUUCAAGUAACUACACUUCGGGGCUAACUAAAUGUCAUGGUUUCAGGUAUGAGUUAUUCCAUUACUGCAGUGACAACCGGUGUCUCAAACUGUAUUCAAAUAGGUUGAGAGUCACUCAUUUGUGAGAGGACAGAUGAUCUUUCAGCUGUAUGAGAAUUCAUUUAAUGCACUACUCUGCCAUGCAAUGUUUGUGACAAGGCCAUUGAUAACUUAGUUUUUUUCUUAUCAUUUCUACGUUGGAGAUAACUUCAGCAUAGAGCUGAGGGACUGUUUUUAGAUGUAUUUUUAGAGAUAAGGGUGUACAAACAUAACGGGGCUACAUUCUUUUUUCCCAGCAGUGGCUCCAGGUAGUUCUGACUAGGUCAGAGCUGCAGUUAAGGACUUUAUAGCCGAAGUAAAGGCCUACUGUAACCAUGACCUUUCAUAAUUAAACAAAAAAACCCAGCCACCUUCCUUUGUAUAACGCCCAUCUUCUGCUUUGUUUCCUUUCCAGUUAAGCCGGCUGUGGAUGUUUUCCAUUGCUUACCCCUCUGUAUUUCUAUUAUCUUCCUUCUUUCCCCAGUGCUUCCAAAAAAAUAAAAGUUGCUGUGAUUUUCUACAGCAUGGCCUCUUAGUCUCCCAUACAGCACAUUUGUUCCUGAUGAACAUCAGCCUGCUCAGCAUAAAAGCCAGCCUCCCCAUUAGUUUACUUCCCCAAGCAGCACUGAAUUGUCAUCGGUCUUCCUUGCACUGUUUCCAGCCGGUUUCAGCACAAGCACAGAAGGUGCUUUUCACUGUGCUCCAGGUUCACAACACUGUAAAGAAGUAGCACACACCUCUUUCCCAACAAAUAGGUAACUGAGCAACACAGUAGUCCUAUCCCUAUUUAAUGUGGUGUGAAGCUGGUGUGAACAGAAGAGCUGAAGGAACUACGAUGUCACAGCUGCUUUCCUGGGAUGAAAGGGAAACAAAUUUUUGAAAGAAAAAAGAAAUUGGGGCUUGCUCAUAUCAGAGCAGUAGUUCACUUCAUCUCAUGAAUACAGGAAGGCAUGUACAAAAUUCUGGGAUGAAUAGCUACACACCUCUAAGCACAUCUUCAUUAUUUCAUGAUCCUUUUACAGCCCCAAAAGAAUCUGAUUAUAUGUGCCAAUGUUGCUUUCGGUGGGAUAUUACCAAAAAAAAAGAUGGGUGAGCCAUUGCAUGCAGCCUGCAGGUGCAAGGGUUUUUAAUGAUCUGAUCUUUAACUGAUUGUAAACCAGUGAUUACUGGUUUGUUCUUCCCAAUGCAGCAUGCAUAAACAUGCACUGAUUUUUUUUUUUAGGGUGACCAUUUUAUACAUUACCUUUUAAGGUCUCAGAGAUCAGAUGUAGCCCACACAAUAUAGGCUGAGAAAAAUAUGAUUAAGCUUCCUGUGGCAUAAACUAAUCUCUUGGUAGUUUAUUUCUUCUGACUGUUCUCAGUAGAGAAGUCUUGUUUAUGACUUUAAUGUACAUCAAUACCAUAUUGCCAGUAAUCGAUCCAGUAGAAUGAUUAUUUUUUUUUAUUUUUAAGUGAUUCACUCUGCAAAACAGUUACAAAAGACAAAUACAACAGUAAAUUCAAUCUUGGCAUUCCUUUUUUUUGUUGUUGCUUUAGAUGAUCACUGCAUUGAUCCACAUCAGUCAGAAGCUCAAGCCUGCUGUGGGUUUCCAAUGUGUUAAUCUCUGGGGGUAGUUGGACGGACUGACCUACACCUAUCAGAAACAGAUGCAAGAAUUAAGAUGAUCUACAUUGUGCUGUAUACAGAAAUCAACACAAGAUAUUCUCAUGGUUUCAAGUCCUGUAAAUCAGUCCCCUGUCAAAGCAGAGAUUAGAACCCAAACCCUGAGAAAGGAGGGCCCUUUAACGCUGAGAAACUGGAUAUAACUACGAAGAGGACCACGCUGGACCAACAAAUGCGAACUGGUGAAGUUCUAAAUCAAGCACAGAUUACAGCAAGUUUCCUAUAACCUAACCGAAAGCUGUGCAAUAAGAGUCUAGAAUUUGAAUACCGGUGGCAAAAAUCUAGGACAGAUCUGCUUUUCAGUAUAAAAAAAUCUCACCUUCAGAGCUAUUUUACCAUUUCCUAUUGUGUAACCCCUCCUUCCCCUCCCUAAGCUGGUAAAAAAGCCUUACCUUGCCUCACCGAUUUCUUUAUUGUCUUUGUGCUAACAAGAAACCAGUUACACACCGUGAAGAACUACCAGUGUCUGAUUACUAAAACUACAAGUGUUUGAUUUGAAUUAUAGGGCCUGAACUAUUUGUCCUAAGAAAUACCUGCUACCCAGUGCAUGGAUUUUUACAAAGUCACCGGCAGAUCUCUAUAAAAUAAAAUACCAUGAAAUCUCU